AUGGAUGCUUACAAUUAUAUCACCAAUGAAGCUGGAGGAGAAGAAUGUGUAGGUCAUACUAAGAGAGACCAUCUUAACUAUGUAUCAAGGGUGAAAAUGAGUAUGGUUGAAGGUGGAAACAUGCAGAAUGUAUUGGAUACCCUUCAAGAGAGAGCAGAUAAUGAUCCUUCAUUCUUUUAUAGAUUGAAAUUUGGAGAAGAAAACAAUGUGUCGAUGUGUGGAAUCGAACCAAAAUCAAUCUUCACUGAUCAGGAUCUUGCAAUGAGUAACGCCAUACCAGAGGUUUAUCCAAACUCAAGACAUAGGCUAUGUCUAUGGCAUUUGCAAAAGAAUUUUGUGUCACACUUUGGAACUCUAAAAACCAAUCCUGAAUUCAAAAAUAUGUUUCACAAAUGCUUAAGUGGAUGUGAUUCUGAAUCUGACUUUGAAGAUUGUUGGCACAAGAUGGUUCAAAAACAUGGGCUAGAGAAAAAAGAAUGCAUACAUGCUAUUCCAGAGAGAUACAUUCUGAAACGUUGGACCAAGCUUGCUAAAUCAAACAUUUGGGAUGGCUGUGAAUCAGAUGAAAACUUAAUGUCUGAUGUGAAAAAUAUAAUUCAUGAAAAAGAUAAUAUUAUUCCUGAUUGA